AUGGAUUACUAUUCAAUUGUUGUUUUAUUAAUAAUAAUAAUUAACAAUUUAAUUGGCAAUUGUUUGGCCGAUUGGGACAGUUGGUGGACAUAUGAGGGAAUUUCCGGUCCAGACUUCUGGGGCCGACUGAAUCCAAAGUGGAGCCACUGUAACAAAGGUCGUCGACAGUCGCCCAUCGAUAUUAAUCCCGAUUUAUUACUGUUUGAUCCGGGAUUGGCGCCCGUUUUAUUAAAUGGCGAUCACGUUAGCGGCAAACUGGUCAACACCGGUCGUAUGAUUACAUUGAAAAUAAAUGUCGACCAAUCGGCAGUGUUGAGCUCCGGUCCCCUAUCAUAUCAAUAUACACUAAGUAAUAUAACCCUGCAUUUUGGACGCGAAAAUAAUAGGGGAUCGGAACAUACCAUCAAUGGUGUCCAAUUCCCCGGUGAACUGCAACUAUAUGCCUAUAAUUCACAAUUAUAUUCAAACUGGUCGGAAGCCCAACAUGAGGCCAAUGGUUUGGCCGCCAUAUCGGUACUGAUUAGUCACUCGAAGAGCUCCAAUCAGGCUAAUAGUCAACUGAAACAUAUGACACACGCGCUCAAGAAUAUCACCCAAAGAGGUGACUCCCAAUGGCUCAGUUCGCUAUCGAUUCAGGAGCUGAUGCCUACAUUGAAACACUACAUCACCUAUGAGGGCUCCUUGACCCAACCGGCCUGUCACGAAACAGUUCAAUGGAUAGUAUUGAAUAAACCAAUCUAUAUGAGCGCCCAUCAGUUUUAUUUGUUGAGGAAUACCCUGAAAAGUGAUGGACAUGGAGACAACUAUAGGCCCGUACAGCCACUCAAUCAUCGGUCAAUCAGAUCCAAUAUUGAUAAUGCUGCUAAUCAGGAGGGAAAUGAUGUCAAAACUGGUGAUACAACCAUUGGUGAACAUUCCUAUAAAAAAGUGUCUUGCUCAAUGGAAAGGUCCAUGAGUUAUAAAGCUCAAUUGGUUAUAGAGAUAGUAUCCAAAAACCAGUUACCACCCUUCUGUCAAUGA